ACCGUACGAGAGGCCGUGGUUCGCCAUAUGAUUAAGACGUUCUCUUUUUGUGUCGAACAGGCUCCCUCCCUUUCGAACAGAAGUUCGAAAAGCGUUUUCUUGGCUAAUUCGAAUAUGGCCGUGUUGUGUCACGUGACUAUGACAUAUUUGUUAUUUCAAUCGCCUAACCGUACUUCAGCUGGGUAAAGUGUUGCUGAUUUGUUUCGUCGCAUUCAAUCAAUUACGGUAAACAAUGGUUGUGUGUGGCGUGAGAUUUUCAUACGAAUAAACAUUGAUCAUAUAGUACAAAAUUUGUCAGACAAUGUCUUGGGGCUAUUCACACCAUGGUUCUUCACACCAUGGUUCUCAAUAUGGAGCACACUCUGGAUAUGGUCACCAUCAACAGUCUGGAUAUUAUCCUCAUCCGCAACAACCUCAGUUACCUCCUGGAUGUCCACCAGGAAUAGAUCCUGUUGUCUUUUAUUGGUUUCAGUCUGUUGAUCAAGAUGGAUCCAAAAAAAUAUCUGCAGAUGAAUUAAGAACUGCAUUGAUGAAUAAUAAGAUGAAAGAAUUUAACCACGAAACUUGUCGACUAAUGAUUGGAAUGUUUGAUAAGAAUAAGGAUGGUCAGAUUGAUAUACACGAGUUUUCUGCUCUUUGGGGUUAUAUACAGCAGUGGAGACAAUGUUUUGAUUCGUUUGAUACUGACAGAUCUGGGAAUAUCGAUGCGAAUGAACUGUCAAGAGCCUUUGCAACAUUUGGUUACAGAUUGUCAAUGGAUUUUACCAAACUUGUUGUGAGACAAUUUGACAGAACAUCUGUUAAUACCAUCGAUUUUGAUGAUUUUAUACAAGUUUGUGUUAUGUUGAAAACUCUGACAGAUAAAUUCAGAGAAAAGGAUCGUAAUCAGAAUGGGAAUAUUCAGCUAAGAUAUGAAGAAUUUCUCGAAAUGGUUUUGGACAACACCCUCAAUAUGGUUUGAGUGGGAAACAUUCCAAAGUUUGUAUCGAGACUGGAGAGUUGUUACUUUAAUUUCGUGUAUUAUAAUUCUUAUUGCUUUGUUUGUUUACUAUGAAAUUUUUUUCAUAUUUGUUUUAUGAUAUUUGAGAUUUUUAGAGUUUUAUCGUAAUUUUCCUAAGUGUGGUGGCUUUUGAUGCUGCAGUAUUUUGUAUACAUUUUAAUCUCAUCUUAAAUUUGGCAGGUUCAUAAACAAAAAUCUGGUACAUAAUCACUUCUUUUUUCGGCCCAGAAUAAUGUCAUAGUGUAGCACGCAAUUUUUAGUGCCACUGAACUGUCUCAUACUCGGUAUAUAUUAUUUGGUGUGCUUUCAGCUAUGUUACUUUCCUGCAUUCUCAAUAAUUUUAAUCAACAAUUUCCCUAUCCAGACCCACUGAAUUUUACCUAUUUAUGCACCAAUUCAAAAACCACCCUUUUUUUUUUUUAAUUUUGAGUUUUUUGAAAAAUGAUAAUUGCUUGGUGCCACUGAAUAAAGGAGUCACAUCCUACCUGAAAUAUCCCAUAGGUGUUUCAUUAUUUUUUAAUGACAAAGUCUAUCCCAAAUUGCAAGGAUUUGAAUAAUGCAAUUCAAGCUACCUAAAAGCAGAUUGCACUCUCAUUUCUAACAUUAUCUCAUUGCCUCAAUUAAUUUAAUUGUUUUAACAGUUUAAUAAAUUAUAUUCAAACUUCCUA